UAAAGUUUAAAGACAUGUCAGCCAAACGCCAUGACAACCCACUUGUAUUUUUCCCCUUUAAUUUUGAAUACAAUAUAUUUUACUGUAUUACAUUUUAUUAUGUCAUGUACUUGUUAAUUGAUUAUAGUUCGUGAUGUUUAGUUUUAUUAUGCAAAUAUUUUUAGUAAUGGUCUGUCAAUUGGCUUUAUUAGUCCGGCUAAUAAACGGGCAAUUUAGGUUGAAUGAUGAUAGACAUUUUUUAAAUAAAUAUAAACCUCGUCAUCGUGAUGAAGAACUGGUUGAAUUGCUACACGACGUAAAUGAUAUUUCAUUGCCCUACCCAAGUCACGAGUCCCCCGAAAUAGCUGUCCUUCAUAAGGAGAAUUUAUCAAAUUUACCGGUUCCUUCAGUUGGCAUAAAUGGACUGAUGCGUCACGGAUACGUCUUCUACAAGGAGGAAGACGAAAAAAUAUAUGAUACCAAGUUCAUCGAAGCGUCAAAAAUGGCUGACGAAAUUUUUUCAGAGUGGAAAAAUCAGAGUCUGACGAGUGACCUACAAAUGCAUUGGAGUGACGACACGAAAAAGACAUCAGAGACGAAUAUUUCUAAUUCACAAAAUCCCAUACCUAUUCUGUAAUAUAGACGGUAUAUAAUAUAAUGUUUUAUUAUUAAAUAUGCUAUAUGAAUUUAA